GCGGUGGUGGCGGCGGUGGCGGGGCCGCUGCUGCUGCUGCUCGCUCGGGCCCUCCCCGCGGCCGCCGGUGACGGCAGGAGGAGCGACGUCAGGCUGGUGUCCGAGCAGUUCUCGCAGUCUCCACAGAAGCUGUCUUUCUACAGCUGGUACGGCAGCGCCAGACUCUUCCACUUCCGCGUGCCCCCUGACGCCGUGCUGCUCCGCUGGCUACUGCAGGUGUCCCGGGGCGGCAGCCCCGCCUGCAGCCACGCCGAGGUCACCGUGUACUUCCGCUACGGCGCGCCUCCUGUUAUCAACCCCUUGGGCACCGACUUCCCCGCCAACACCUCCAUGCAGUCCCCCUUCUUCAUCAAGAUGCUGCAGAGCAAUGCGUCCGUCAAUGUCUCCCACCCAGCGCCCGGGGACUGGUUUGUGGCUGCCCACUUGCCUCCCUCAUCCCAGAAGAUUGAGGUGAAGGGUUUUGUCCCUCCCAGUUGCGUGUACACUUUCCAUCCUGACAUGCUGGUCGUGCGGGCAGUCGAGGUCUCUAUCCUGGAGCCUGAUGUUCCCCUUCCACAGACUCUCCGUUCCCAUCCCAGCUACCUCAAAAUCUUCAUCCCCGAGUACACCCAGGAGCUGCGGCUGGAGCUGCAGGGCUGUGUGACCAAUGGGAGCUUGGGCUGCCCCGUGCGCCUGACCGUGGGCUCAGCCACCCUGCCCAGAAACUUCCAGAAGGUGCUCACGUGCAUCAGCCUCACCUGGUCCUGCCGCCUGCUGCUGCCCUCGCCACCCUGGGAGCGGUGGCUGCAAGUGACGGCCAAGAGCCUGGCAGGACCUCACGUGUUGGUGGCUUUCAGGGCUGUGGCUGCCCUCACAGCCUGCAGGCCGUGGACCAUGAACUUGCAGCACCUCCUGCAGAGCAGCCCAAACCGCAGCUGUAACGCCUCCGCGGCUCUGCUGCCCCCUGGCGCGGGCUCCUGGGUCCCGGGCAGGAGCUGCGGGGUGGGCGGUGGCCCCUUCUGCCUCACGAGCUACCCGGUCAUUCGGGAGGACACAGACGUGCUGUCUGUGCGCUUCUGGCCCGCGGACCAGGUGUCGGUGCUGGUGCAGUCGGGCACCCCGUCGGUGAUGCGGCUGUACCUGCACACGGGCACGGACAGUGGGGGCUCCCUCGGCAUCUCCCUGCAGGCCAACCAGACGGCCAUGACCAACAGCACCAGGGUGGCCGUCUGCGUGAACGCCGCCUCGCCCUUCCUCAGCUUCAACGCGUCGCUCAACUGCACCACAGCCUUCUUCCAGGGCAUCCGCCUGUCUCUGAGCGCCGCAUCCCGCAAGGCUGACCUCAUCGUCCCCUACCCGGAGACGGACAACUGGUACCUCUCCCUGCAGCUGGUGUGCCCCGAGAGUCCUGAGGAGUGUGAGCAGGCUUCGGUCCUCGUGGAGACCGCCUUGUACCUGGUACCCUGUCUGAACGACUGCGGACCCUACGGCCAGUGUCUCCUGCUGCGCAGACACAGCUAUCUGUACGCAGGCUGCAGCUGCAAGGCCGGCUGGCGUGGGUGGAGCUGCACAGACAACAGCACGGCGCAGACCGUGGCCCAGCAGAGGGUGGCCACACUCCUCCUCACCCUCAGCAACCUCGUGUUCCUGGCGCCCAUCGCUGUCUCCGUGCACCGCGCGCUGCUGGUGGAGGCCUCCGUCUACGCCUACACCAUGUUCUUCUCCACGUUCUAUCACGCGUGUGACCAGCCCGGGGAGGCGGUGCUGUGCAUCCUCGGCUACGACACGCUGCAGUUCUGUGACUUCCUGGGCUCGGGGGUGUCCAUCUGGGUCACCAUCCUCUGCAUGGCGCGGCUGAAGGCGGCCCAGAAACACGUCCUGUUUCUCCUGGGGACGCUGAUCUUCGCCAUGUCCUUGCAGCUAGACCGCAGAGGUGCCUGGAACACGCUGGGGCCUUGUCUCUUUGCCUUUGUGGUCAUGGUCACCAUGUGGGUGUACCGCUGCGGGCACCGGCGCCACUGCUACCCCACAUCCUGGCAGCGCUGGGCCUUCUACCUCCUGCCUGGCAUCUCCAUGGCUGCUGUGGCCGUCGCCAUCUACACCUCCAUGAUGACCAGCGACAACUAUUACUACAUGCACAGCAUCUGGCACAUGCUGCUUGCAGGAAGUGCGGCGUUCCUGCUGCCGCCGCGUGAGGAGCACACCAAGCCCUGGGCCUGCUCGCAGAAGCUCACUUGCCACUAUCAGAUCUGUAGGAACCACCGAGAGGAGCUGUACAUGGUGACGUGAUGUGGCCGGCUCAGGGACGCCUGCAGCUGUGAUUUGACUCUCUGGCCAGGGGCAGGACCAAAGGAGAAGGACCCUGUCCAGAUUGAUUUCCAACAGAAUAAAAUUGCCCAAUGCACUAUUUGCUUCCUCCCGAGGGGAAGACCACACCCCCAACCCCCAAUUCCAUUGUGCCUGCUGGCUGCGGGCUCCCUGUGCGGGGGCCCCAGGGGCCUGGGCCUGGCUGCUUGGAAACCACAGGUACCACGCAGGGGCAUGUUCUGUGUUCUGCUGCCUAGAGGUGGUUGGAGGUGGGGAGAAAGAUUCCCCAUGAUCCCUGUUCCUCUGUGAGGUUCUGGCUUGAGCCCACCCCCUGCAGCCCCUGCCCCGUUGAGCCUGGGAGCUGUGCCUUCCCUACAUCCCUGGAUCCCUGAUGGGGAUGCUCCCUGCUAACGCGGACGUGUGGGGAGAGGGGACCACAGUCCGCAGGCAGGGAGCUGAUGGGCCCUGGGGCUCCAGGAGAGGCUGAGGCCCCUGGGGAGAGGGCGGGGGGGGGGGGGUAGCUGCCCAGGAGUGCAGUGCCGCAGCCAGCCCGUGGGCUCCCGGUCCCUUGUGUGGGGACUUGCUCCCGGAGAGGAAGGGACCACUGCUGCCCCAAUGGCCGAGCCACUGUUGGGGAGGAGGCUCCCAGGGACCCGACCCGCGCACCCCGUCCUUCGUGGGGGAAGCAGGAGGCGGCGGCAGCACCGCGGUGGGCUGCUGUCUGUGCCCGGGGCAGGGCUGGGCACCUGCGGCCCUGGGUGCCCGCGGCCCCCUUCACUUGGGCUCAUAAAAAGGAAACAUUUCUAUGUAGCGUUUCGGGGGUUAAAAAUUGGCAAGACAUUUUUAUGUAGCUCUGAUUUUGCUGUGUUUGGUGAGUUUAAUAUUUUACAGUGAUAUUUUGAGA